UUUCAGGGAACUCCUCAUUACUGCUAAUAUAUUGUCUUAGCUGUUUAAAAAUUUGAUCAGUUUUAUUUCACGAAGUUGAUCUGGAAGUUUAGUUGGACUAUUUAAUCAAUUUCUUAGAAAGGAAAUUUGAUUUUUCUCUGAUAGGUAGCAGUAUUACAUUCACUGUACCCUUUAUGUUUCCUUUAUUGAAAUUUCUAUUUAUGGACAAUAUGUUAUCACAGCUUUUUCUAACUUAUCUAAGAAGCCAGGCUUUACUACCAUAAGUAAACUCGUGAACACACUCGUACACACAUGAAAGAAGUCUAGAGGAAGACAUCCUUAAAACCAUAUUUAGUAGCAGAGGAAAUGUUUUUAAAAGCUCCUCAUUUAUCAGGAAAAUGUUGUAUCAAUAGUGUUAAUAAAGUUAAUAAAAACCUGGUAUAUCGAGUUAAUAUUGCAACUACCAUCUUCUUCAGUCAUGCCAGGCCAAGAGCACAAGUUCUAUGAGCAGCAUCCCACUUACCAACUAAUUCCCUUAAACUAUUAAUACCCCUGACAGGUACAGAAGAGAGAAGGAAACCCAUAUUAAUUUCCUGCAUCAGAAUCCCAGGUGGCGGACGCGAGGGUGCUUCCACACUGCACCCUGCCCUCUCAGUAUUACUGGCUGCUGUCAUACAUGCUCUCAGGUACUGAUAUAUUCCACAUUCCUGAGUCUUCCAGCAGCAAAUGAAAAAUAUGUAUCUCUUCCUCCUUUCCAUUUUAUCUUUGCUUUUGAAAGUCAGUGGCACCAAAGAUGUUGUAUUUGGUCAUAAUAAUUUCACAGAAUAUCAAGUGGGCAACAUGAACCUGAUUCUCUCUGUCCCACAUGGUGGGUCAAUGGAACCUGAAGACAUCCCUGAUCGAGAGGCUGGCUGUUGGGAUGCAAAAUUAUCCUCCUGUAUUUUCUCUCAUGACUGUCCUCCUGGAAGUAUUCAAAAUUAUGAGAAAUGCAAAGUGUCUACCAACCAAGACAGGUAUACUAUAGAGGUGGCUCAGACUCUUGCUGAAGAAAUCAACAAUAUUACUGAUGGCUUCUUCCCACAUAUCAUUAUAAACCACCUACAGAGGUUCAAGAUGGAUGCUAACAGGGAAAAGGAAGAAGCCUCCUUUGGAAUUCCCCAAGCAGAACAGGCCUGGGAGGACUAUAUGGGAUUUUUGACCACUGCAAAAUCACAGAUGUCAGGGGGCCUGAUUCUAGAUAUCCAUGGACAAGCUCAUCCUGAAAGGUGGAUAGAACUAGGUUACACACUUUCAAAAUCUUCCCUUAACUCAGGUGUUUUUUCUGCAUCAUGUUCCUCAAUUAGCCAUCUGUCCAAUCAGCUAGUCAAUGUGUCUUCUGAGACUUUGGUUUCAGGGAACAGAAGUUUGGGUAAAUAUAUUGAAGAACAAAAUAACAAUUAUGUUUGUGUGCCAUCUCCAUCCAAUCCUAGCCCAAAUAAUGGGAGCUAUUAUAGUGGUGGAUACAUAACAAAGACUUUUGGUUCCCGUAGUUCUGGCACCAUUGAUGCCAUUCAGCUUGAGCUACCCCAGUGGGUGAGGGCAGCUGAAGAACGUCCCAGAUUUUGUAAAGCACUGGCAAGGGCUGUAAUGAAAUUCUGGCAAACUAACUACUGCAGCCAGUACAAGAAUGAAUUUCUGCCGUGCUGAAAGAGGUUGUGUUGUUAAGGUACCUUUCCUUAAUUCAGUAAUGAUUUGGAUUAACAGAUCAACUCAUUCACCUGGAACAUUUAAGCCUGCAAUAUAAUUGUGGAUGCUGGUGGAAAGAAACUAACCUGCAAAGGAAUACAGAGACACUGACAUAGAGAAAAUCCACAGCUAAUACCAUCAAGUCCAUUAACACACAGCUUUGUACUAGAUCCAGCAUUGAAAAGACUGCUAUAAGUGGGUAUAUUUGGAAGUAUUUCUGUGUUUAAUUUCUUUCCAGUGUCAUCCUCUAUUCUC